AUGGCAAGCCAGAACUCCAACCCCAACGCAGACCCCGUCUUCUUCGGUGGUAUAGAAGUCGACAUCACUCAGUUCGAUUUCAGCGACCAUACUUCGAAGGUCAACAGUCUUACGAUAACAUGCGCAGUCUUCAUCGCUCUGGUGGUAUUGACUGUUGGUCUCCGCCUCUUCGCAAGAGCGAAAUACGUCGGCCAUAUCUUCAUAGACGAUUUCCUUAUCAUUUGCGCCGCCAUCUUCACUGUUGCUCUGGCUGCAGUGUGUAUCGCUGCAACCCAAUAUGGCCUCGGGCGACACAUUUGGCUCCUACCCAUGUUGACACUCUUCGACACUUUGAAGGACUGUAUAUUGUAUCUCUUCAUCUGUCAAAUCCUAUACGCCUUUGCUAUUGCGUUGACGAAGAUCGCCAUCAUAUCGUCGUACCUGCGUUUCAUCCACGACAAGACCUUCCGCAUCUGGAUGUACGCGAUAUCUGUGUGCAUCGUCGGUCUAUGGAUUUCGGGAAUCUUCGUCACCAUCUUCCAAUGCCGUCCGGUCCAAGGAGCGUGGGACUUCACCCUCGAACCAGUGUGCGUCGACUACGUCACCUAUCUAUACGCCAGCUCCGCCGUUAAUGUCGCGACGGAUCUUCUCCUUUGCGCGCUACCUAUCCCUCAUAUCUGGAGGCUGAACAUGCCAAAGAGGCAACGAAUCGUCCUAUGUGUGCUACUCGCAGGAGGCGCAAGGUAUGUGUAG